GCUUUGAAUUAUAAAAGCCCAGUUGCCUCAGCACGCUCAAAACUUGUGUUUACAAUUUCUUUUUAUUGAUCAGUUAGUUCAGUCGAAAUGCGUCCAUUGAUUGCAUUGUUGCUGUUGAUAGCAGCUCGGGCUUGCACCUUAUCAGAUUCAACACCUCGUUCCUAUGAAAACUAUUCCGUGUACAAGGUUUAUGUUAAAACUCAAUCAGACCAACAUAUUAUGGAUCAACUCCUGGAACAAUACGACAAUUACAACUUAUGGCACCGAUCGGUAAAAGAAGUCGAUAUUAUGGUGAGCCCAGGUGCACAGGAAACUUUUCUAUCCCUAAUGCGAAAGGAAAAUAUUGAUGUGAAAGUAAUGAUAAAAAAUGUUCAGACACUUAUAGUUAACGAGAGAAAAUGAAUGAUCCCGUUCAGUCGAUGAAACGAUCUACGGGAAUGUCUAUAUCGACUCAUUUUUUGACAAACCUAUUAAUACAUAUCGAUAUCAAGUAACUUCCAUGAUUUUAAUAUAAAUUGCUAACUUUGGAUUAAAGAAAACUUUCAACUUAAUAUCCCCUACAAAAUAAAUGCAAUUAAAC